GUUGGGAGCGAAGUACAAGAUCCAGGGCAAGGACAUUCCCUGCCAGAAGUCCACCAAACUGCAGUCGACCAAUACGGAACUCAUUCACCACAUGAACCUGGCAUGCGCGUGUACGGAGGACCACGUGAUCCUGCGGGGCAAGUUAGCCCAGCGGGCUCAGAACUACCCGAGACCGAUGGCGAAGCGGAUGGCCUACCUGAUCGCCUACCAGUGCACGGCCGACGACAUCAGCGACGUCAACGCGGCCGAGGAGGUCUACAAUGACCACGACGCCUUCGAGUACACCGACGUGAUGCAGGCAGCGCUGGCGGUUGCCGUGCAGCACGCGGGUGCCCUGGCGGAGUGGAUCCAGUGCGCCAGGCUUUUACAAUGCGAGAUCUGCCUAGGCAGGCAGAGGCCCCGAGCAGUUCGCGUCGCAGUGCUGCCGAAGGCCAAGAUGUUCAACGAGGUGGUCUGCACCGACGUGCACUACAUCACGUGGAAGAAGAAGGAGAGGAAGAUCCUGGCCAUCAUGCACGAGUUUACACGCUACGAGGUCGACUACCCGAUCUCGAAGGAGACGUUCCUGAAGGAGACGAACCUAUGGGAGAAGCUCUGGAUCAGUUGGGCCGGCAAGCCUGAGACGAUGCGGAUGGACAUGGGAGGUUCGCACGCGGCCAAGCGCAUGCACGACUGGACGAGCAAGCAUAGUAUCCAGCACGACCUGAUUCCGAAAGACGCGCACCUCAGGUUGUGCCUGAUGGAGCGGAACCACGCGGUCCGGAGGGAGCAGCUCAGCAAGUACCAUUUGCAGUUCCCCGACGACUCGCUCAAGACCGCCCUCAGGAUGACUGCCAGCCGGCGGAACACCCUGAGGAAC